AUGAUUUCUUUGGUGUCAAUUCUCAUUGCUUCAUUCUUGGCUCCAGAAGUCAGCGCCGUGAUUGGUGGAGACUUGAAUUGUACCAGUUAUAACGGAACCGCGGUGAAUCCACGUCUCAACUGCGCCACCAUCACUCUCUCCCAAUGCAACUCUGUCGCCUGGAGAACCAUCAUCGCUCAGGACUGUCCAUCGUCUUGUGGAUUCUGUCUCUCCGGAGGAUGCGUCGACGCCGUCACCAACUGCGGAACCGAUCUCUCAAUCUGCCAGAACAUCGGAAUGCAAGACUUCGUCAACCAAUACUGUCAAAAGACCUGCGGAAGAUGCGCAUCCAGCACAACAUCAUCAAGCUCGGUGACCGUUACAUCUGGCACAUGCACGUCUUACAUUGCCGACACCACCACUCAAUGUGCCGCAUGGGCUACCAAUGGAUUCUGCACCAACACCUUCUACACCUUGGCUCAACGCAGAGCCAGAUGUGCUACCACUUGCAGAAUUUGCUAG